UAAACAUUUGUCCACACAAUAUCAGUGCAACGCAAACUGUAUUCGAGAAUGCGCCUCCAUUAUCUGUCAAAUAAACCGUGGCAAAAGUGGACAAAGGUUUCGAGUCGCAAUUUCAUUUAUUUACGCAAAAUGUCUGCAAAUUCUCCGCCUGGAAAGAGUGAUGGGGAUGACCCUGUGGAUCAGGCAGUGCCGAGCGUCCCGCCAAAUCCUGUGGAGAGCUUAGGAGCUCGUAUUAGGGACUUGGAUGUGGAUUCCAUUCGUCGGUAUUUGGCCCAGAAACUCGGGUUUUACGAGCCGCCAGAAACAACAAGUGCGCCUGUUGAGCAGGUGUUGGAUGAAGUAAACUUAGACGGCAUUGUCAAAUGGAUUAAAAGUGAACGCUGCAAAAAUAUAAUCACUCUGGCCGGGGCGGGUAUUUCAACAUCGGCAGGCAUCCCGGACUUCCGUAGCCCUGAAACGGGUCUCUACCACAACCUUCAAAAAUAUGAUCUUCCAGAGCCACAGGCAAUAUUCGAGAUAAACUUCUUCAGACAAAAUCCCAAGCCGUUCUUUAUGCUAGCCAAGGAAUUGUACCCUGGAAGCUUCAAACCCACGAUCUCACAUUAUUUCAUAAGGCUUUUACAUGAAAAAGGUCUACUUCUUCGCCACUACACCCAAAACAUAGACACAUUGGAGCGAGGAGCUGGCAUUCCUGAGGAGAAACUAGUAGAAGCUCACGGCACCUUCUACACUUCACACUGUCUUGACUGCCGCAAGGAAUAUAAUCUUGAAUAUGUCAAAGAGCGUAUAUUUGCGGACCAAAUUCCAAUCUGCACGGACUGCCCAGGCGUUGUGAAGCCAGACAUAGUGUUCUUUGGAGAGAGCCUGCCUGACCGGUUCCAGCGGUGUCUGCAGGAAGACUUCCAGCAGUGUGACAUGCUCAUCAUCAUGGGAUCCUCACUUGAAGUCCAGCCUUUCGCCUCACUUAUUGAUAUGGUUCCGGAUUGGUGUCCUCGGCUACUGAUAAACCGUGAGAAAGCUGGAGUGAGGUCCCCACUGCUGCGUCUGUGGGGAGUGAUGAGCGGAGGCCUGCAGUUGGAUGAGGAUGCUGUACGGGAUGUAGCCCGCCUUGGAGACUGUGAUGAUGGAUGCCAGGAUCUCGCUGAUAGACUGGGAUGGGGGGACGAGCUACGCGCGUUAGUAGCGAGCGACCACGCGCGUUUGGAUCUCGCCAACGCCUUGUCUACGCCCCACGCGUCCUGCGUGCCACCGACCCCAGCACCACUGCUUAUACCACCAGCGGACCCUAAACUAUGAGUACAGACUUAAACAUAUACUUUAUUAGGUCUCUAUCUAUGAAAUUGUCAGGAAAAGGACAAUUUCAUAAAUAUAACCUACUAUUUAUUACAUAUUAGCUAAACGGCCUGCUUCACUUAAUAACAAUAUACUUAAAAAAUAUAGUAAUUAUACCAAUUUGGGCUGUAUAAACCGAAAAUGUGUAUAUGGUAUGUCAAUGGUAAAAAAAUAGUAAUGCAAUGAAAUAUACCUACGCUAAUGAUUUUUAAUUGAAUUGAGUAUGGCACCUACGACAAAAUUAUCUCUACAUAUAUAAAAAUCAAUUGCUGUUCGUUAGUCUCGCUAAAACUCGAAAACGGCUGGACCCAUUUGGCUAAUUUUGGUCUUGAAUGAUUUGUGGAAGUCCAGGGAAGGUUUAAAAGGUGGGAACAAAAUGUUUUAGGCGGUACGAAUUUUGCCGGGCCAGCUAGUUAUGAAAUAAAAAUUUGUGUGCCUAAAAGUUCAUCAAAAUAUAAUACUUUUUGUUUCAUAUUUAUCUCAUGGUAUGUAUAAUCCAGAAUGAAAUAUUAAAUAAACAGUGAAGUAGGCCUCAUGGGUAACUGGAUUAUAGUGUAAACUUAUGUUUUCAGUCAGAUAUAAGUUAAAUAAAUAAUAAUAAAAUAAAAUACAAUAUUUUCCUUCCAACACUAAAGAGAAAAUAUUGAACGAGAAAAAAUUGUAAACUGACUUUAAAAUCCAAAAAUAAUACUUAUGGAUUUAUUUAAAAAAAAAUAAGAUCCAUAAAAAGAACUAGGUACUUACCAUAGUUGUGAUCGAAAUGGACUUUACAUUGACAUAAUUUUUUAAUUUAUUGUUUUUAUUUUUAUUCAACAUUUAUAAUUAUUCCAGAUUGAUACAAAUUAGAAAAGUAGUAGAGGCUGUAUACGUGUUACUUGUGCCUCAAAAAGUAAUUUAUUUACGGUUUUUAGUUAUUUAUUUCUUAUUUAUUGCAGUAAUAUUUGGGUUAAUUUAUGUUUCAAACAUUUUUCUUGGAUAUAAUUACUUUUAAUUUGAUAUUGCAUGUUGUCUAGUUUCGACAUAAAUAAGUUACCAAUAGCAAUGGGCUUCCUGACUUAAAACAUCAAAAUUUUUAAUGUAUUUAGUAGAUUUCUGAGUACUAAUUUUAUUAUAGACUACCUAAAUUGUUUAGUGGGUUAGUAUUUUUAUUCUAGAGCUGUAUUCGCCAGCAAUACUUGUGUUGAAUAUAAUAUCAAUCAAUGUUUAAAUAUUUUUGACUACCUUAGGCAUUAAAGUACAGAUAAAAUCAUUAUUAAAUACUAAUUGUGUUGCCUUAACUAUGUAUUUAUAUUGUAGAUCAAGGUGAUGGAUCUAGUAAUAUAAAAAAUAGAUGGAUUUAAAAUUAUGGUCAUAGAAUUUUCCUUUACAUAAGCUGUUUCUAAAUUGUCAAUAUCUUCUGAAAUCUGUGGCUGCAACAUGGUCGUUCGAUGAUUAUACCUAUUAGUCAACCAUUGCGAAAGUAGGACUAUGAAUCUAAAAUAAAAAGAGCUAUAAAUGAUGCCUAAUAUGUCUAUGUACUACGAGGAUUGCGAGAAGCACUCUGCAUAGACUACAAAAUAAUUUAUUUGUUGACCAAUGGUGACCAAUAAGUGUAAAGGGUUUUUAUAAUAUAAAGAGUAGUCAAUAUAUAAAGAUCACUGAUUCAAUAGGCUCACUUCCUAUUACAUGGGACUUGUAACACAAAUGAUGAAAAGUGGGUGUACAUUGUAUAGCGGCAUUACGUGCCGUAAUGUGUACCUCUGCCUACCCCUCCAGGGAUAAAAGGUGUGAUGUUACGUCAAUAUAUAAAGGUGGUCGUCGACUAGUCAGCAUAGCGAUUUCUUAGUGACUUACACAUGGACCGACAGACAUCCACGAUACGGUAGUUUUAAUUGCAUGACCAAUAAUAACAACAAUUAUUUAAUUUAUAAGCCUUUUUAUUUUUAUAAUUUCAUGUGAUCUUCGUUUUAUUUUGUCUUAUUCAUUUGUUGUGUAUAAAAAAUAAAGUUGCAUUUCUAAUUCUGCCUUCAAAAACUUCCAUUUAUAAUUAUAAUUGUAGACAUUUUAAAAUUCCUAUAGUCGAUAGUUUUAAACAGGUCUUAUGAUACAGAUAUUGUAGUAACAAUAGCGUGCUAAAAAUCAGUACAUACAUAUUUAUAUUAUACAUAUAAAUUUUCUUAGCGAUAUACCUAUUUUCUAAGGGGUGUGUAGUAAUAGUUUUGCAGUGUAUUUUAGCAGGAUCGCCGAUAAUUUAGGAUUGGUUGAUAAUGUAGUUCCUUAAUAAUGUGUAACCAUGCUCUCAAAUACAUAUUUUACAAUAAAAAAUCAGCUUGAUGCAUACAUAGUGUUCAGAAUAAUAGAAAAUAGAAUAUAAUAUUCAAUGUUUAUCUCCAUAAUUGCAUAAUCCAACAAAAAUAGACUGUAAAGUAACAUUUAGGAUUGAAAUAAUAGGCCUUAUGUAUGUACAUUUACCUAUUUAUUAUGUAACCGAGUUACCGGUCGUAUAGAGGGGACUACGCAAAGCAAAAGCAUAUUUAUUAUGAUAUAAUAUACUCAAGCAAUAAUACAGCCUUAUAUAUCAACUAUUUUGAAUAUAAUAAACCAUUUAAUAAUGUUGAUGCAGAAUACAAAUUUUAUAUAAAUUGUAAAUUGAAUAAAUCAACCGUAUAUUUUUUGUUUUUAUUUUUCGAUAAUAUGGAAUUAUGGACAUUCAUAAGUUUUGUUCUGAAAUAUGUAUUUGCUUUAUUUUUAAUGUUCGUAUGUACUUGCAAUUUAUAUAAACCGUUGUAAGCCAUAUUUGAGAAAAUAAACGCAUAAUAUUUAUUAUAAA